AUGAGUUUCCGCAAGGAGGACGGAGUGGGCAGCCUGUGCCAGAAGGCGCUGCACAUCGUCACGGAGCUGUGCUUCGCGGGCCAGGUGGAGUGGGAGAAGUGCUCGGGCAUCUUCCCCCGGGACCGCGGCGGCCAGGGCGCGCCCAGCACAGAUAUUUCUGUCAGCCUGUUAGCCGUUGUGGUGAGCUUCUGUGGGCUGGCUCUGUUAGUGGUCUCACUUUUUGUGUUCUGGAAGUUGUGCUGGCCUUGCUGGAAAAGCAAACCUGUUGCCCCCAGUGCAAGUGCAGCUCCACAGAGCCCUUCCCAGGCUCCCACCCAAGUCUUGGAGACGGAAGAGAAAAAAGAAGACCAAGAACAAGAAAAGCCCGCGGUAAAAGCUAUGGAGCCCGCAAUCAAAAUCAGCCACACUUCCCCUGACAUCCCAGCCGAAGUCCAAACAGCUUUAAAAGAACAUUUAAUUAAACAUUCACGCGUGCAAAGACAGACGACUGAGCCAACAUCUUCCUCCCGGCACAACUCGUUCCGGAGGCACCUGCCGCGGCAGAUGCAGGUGUCCAGCGUGGACUUCGGGCCGGGCGCGGAGCCCGCGGGCCCCUGCCGCCACCCGCCGCCGCCGCGCGGGGAGACCAGCACGAGCAUCGGCAGGAUCAAGCCCGAGCUGUACAAGCAGAGGUCGGUGGACUCGGAGGGCCAGCGCGCCAACGACGCCCCGGCGUGCGGCAAGCUGCACUUCUCCCUGCGCUACGACUACGAGAACGAGCUCCUGGUGGUGAGGAUGAUUCAGGCGCUGGACCUGCCCGCCAAGGACCUGACGGGCUCCUCCGACCCCUACGUGAAGAUGUACCUGCUCCCCGACAGGAAGAAGAAGUUCCAGACGCGCGUGCACAGGAAGACGCUCAACCCGCUCUUCGACGAGGCCUUCCACUUCCCCGUGGCCUACGCGCAGCUGGGCGCGCGCAAGCUGCACUUCAGCGUCUACGACUUCGACAGGUUCUCCAGGCACGACAUGAUCGGGGAGGUGAUCCUCGACAACCUCUUCGAGGUGUCCGACCUGUCCCGGGAAGCCUCGGUGUGGAAGGACAUCCGCUGUGCCACCGCGGAGAGCAUAGACCUGGGAGAGAUCAUGUUCUCGCUGUGCUACCUGCCGACGGCUGGCCGCAUGACCCUGACCGUGAUCAAGUGCAGGAAUCUGAAGGCUAUGGACAUCACUGGCUCAUCAGAUCCUUAUGUCAAAGUAUCUCUGAUGUGUGAAGGCCGGAGACUCAAAAAGAGGAAAACAACGACCAAGAAAAACACUCUGAACCCUGUGUACAAUGAGGCUAUUAUUUUCGACAUCCCGCCAGAGAAUGUGGACCAGGUCAGCAUCUCCAUUGCCGUCAUGGAUUAUGACAGGGUGGGGCACAAUGAGGUGAUCGGAGUGUGCAGAACCGGGCUGGAUGCCCAGGGGCUGGGCCGGGACCACUGGAACGAGAUGCUGGCCUACCACCGCAAGCCCAUUACCCACUGGCACCCCUUGCUGGAGUUACCUGGCCGAGCAACCAGUUUUGACAGUCAAGGGUCCUGCUCUUCUCCCAAACCACCACCUACGCCCUAA